AUGAAAUCCCAACAGACUCCCGGUAAAUUGCCAGAAACACCUUGUGACAAAUUUCGAACCCCACGACAACCCAGUCGACCCAGUCCUCCGGGGACGUCAACAAGCUCGAGGAGCACCACAUCGAAAAGACCAGCGCCUCCGAGUGUAUCAGCUUCCGAGAGACCAUGGAAAAGAAGCUCGAUCCCAAGCUCGCGAGGGCAAUCGACCCUUACCCAGAUCGACUUCGUCACUCAGACUCCACACUCCGACGAUGACCAGCUCGAUUAUCUUGAGGCUGAACCACGCGAAGAUGUCAACACAAGGAAUGCACAAGCCCAAAUAUCCGGCGAAUCUGACGACGAUACCGAUUAUCGGCCACCGUUGCGAGGCCGAGCAGGCGCCACAAGAUUCGAACCCAAUGACAAUCACACCACACGACAAAGGAAAAGCGCAGGAGUCAAUACUAGAGCAUCUGAGCGGGGCCAGAGCAUACGAAAAAGUAUAACCCCGAAGCCGAGUGUCAGUGGUAAAGGGAAACGAAAAUCCACCGAAAAGCCGCCUGCGAAGCGUGAUAAGACCCUUACGCAAAUGGACUUCGUGCGACGCUACAUCACAAUAGAUGAUGACGAAGACAUUAAUAUGGGAUAUAUACAGCAGGAGCCUCAAGCGAAACCCGCCAAGAAGGGGGAUCAAGCAGACUCGGGCGGGAAACAGGCCGUUCAGCCCAGACUACCCGCGUCUGUCAAACGAAAUCGCAGAGCCCUCGAAGCGGAGCUGGAUCUUUCCACAGGUGAACCACUCUCUGCGGGUCUUGGAGAUAAUCAAGACACGAGCCCGGGACAUGAACCCGAAAAUUUGCCGACAGCUGAUACGCCGGUCACACCUCAAAAACCCCGAAAACUUGAGAUUCCGUCUUCACAGUCACCAGAAAGCCCGGGUUUAGCGAUAAUAACAUCAUCUCAAUUCCGCAGCGCCACCAGAUCUCCCCUCAAACAAAAAUCUCUAAACCUCGCACAUCAUCCGGAAAAUAUUAUCAAGGAGGAAUUUUACGGGCCACGACGAUUUAUCGAGGAUUCGCAGGAUGCCGGAGGCUCAUUAGUGGUAAAAGCCCCGACACAACUCUCUUCCAGAUUGCUUGAUUCCUUGAAGCAUCACUCGUCACCAUCCAUGCACAAUGAAGCUUUAUACGCACCAUCCACAGAGUUAGCGUCCCGGGCAGAGCUGCCUGAAGACCCAGGAUUGAAAGUAGAGCGGACACAAAGAGAAAGAACCGUUGUUUACGAAACAGAUGCGGACACCGACAAUACCGACUCGGAAGAUGACAUGAGUAAUGAUCAUGGAACACCAUCUCGAAUUCGUGGCUUAAGGGCAGGAAUACCAGACCCUACUGGACACAUACCAGAGCCACCAAGCGAUGACUCCCAAGAACUUCCUCUCCUAAAUGUUCAAUCCUCCGCAGACGCGAACGACGAACCGCCGUCCGAGGCACCGAUGUCAGAUGCCUCUAUCUUCUACCAAAGGUUGCAACCAGCAACACAAUUCCCAUUCGAACCUAUUCCUACCCUAAACACCCAAAACCUGUCCGAACUAUUUCCCAAUUAUGGGAGCACCCAAUACACCAAACCCGCGGGCGCGGAUUCUUCUCAAAAACCCCCAGGCCCGUUCUUGCAGACUCAAACGCAAAGUCAAGAGGCAGACCAGACCGAAAUCGUGCCAGAGUCAUCUCCCAUCCGGGAACAAGAUGAGAAUAGCGCCGAACCUGAUGCAGUUUUCCAGCGACCUCAGGUCCCCGAGUCGGUGAUCCAGGUCGAGUCUUCGCAGCCUGUCGAUAGGGGCAAUUAUGGACCAGGCGGAAUCCUAUCACGCAGUCAGCUUCUUACCUCGAGCGUCAUGGAAAGUGUUCCUCUCCCCAAUUUCUGGAUGGGAAGUCAGGAUAGUGUAGGCGAGCCAUAUAGUUUGCCGGAUCGGUGA